GUCAACUCACCCGAAAAACAAUGAAACGCAUUCCUCUUCUCCUCCUUGAAACACCUCUUCUCAAACCACUCAAUCUGUCUCACUAAAAAGGGAGGGAAAUGAGCUCCUUGUCUUCUGAACGCUUCGUUGAGGAAGUAAGCCGCGCUGCGACCACUGCGGACGCCGUCGCAGCCGCCCAGCAGGCUGUCGAAGACCCUGCGAUCUUCUUCUAUGGCACAUUACUCAGCGCAUUGCUAUCGUAUACCCAGCAGCAGCAGCACAAGACAUCGGAUAAGAGUCUGGAGAAUUGGACUGGAGUUGUGGAGCUGCUCACCUACAAGACCGUCGCGGAUGUUGACGCGGCAUCGGCUGGCGUGAAGGCCCUUGUUACCGAGCACCCUCUCAUCACCGAGAAGCUGCGUGUGCUCACCCUUCUCACGCUGUGCAGCCAACACACGAUGUCAACACAUGGCAUCUCGGUGCCCUACGCAAGGGUGGAGCAGGCGGUCGGGGUAAGCGGUGCCAUUGAAGUGCAGAAGGUAGUGCUCGCUGCGGUGCAGCACCGGCUCUGUGUGGCCCGCUUGAAUGAAAGGACAACGACGGUUCGAAUUUGCGCCUACGAAAGCCGCUGCGUGGAGGACGGCGAGGUGGCCGCACUGCAGCAACGCGUGGCGAAGUGGAGAGAGUACGCAGAACGGCAGCUGCGUGCGCUUCCAUAG